GCGACAUGGCGGCGGCGGCGGCGGCGGGGCGGGAGGAGCCGCCGCUGGGGAUCGAGGCGGUGGCGGAGGAGGCAGCGGCAGCGGCGGCGGCGAGCGCCGGGUUCCGGCUUACGGCGGUGCGGAGAGAGCCGGCGGUGCGGCUGCAGCACGGCGCCAGCGGGCUGGAGCCGCUGGCCUGGUCCGAAGACCACCGGGUGUCGGUGAGCACGGCCCGCAGCAUCGCCGUGCUGGAGCAGCUCAGCGACGUGCACAGCGGCGGGCAGGACAUGGUGAUCCACCGCACCGCCGUGCCCGCGCCCGGCACCGCCUGCACGCUCAAGGUUGGCCCCAAGAAGGAGGUGGCUGAGUGUAAGGAGAAAUUUGCCAGCUCAGUGGAUCCCACUGUCAGCCAGACGUUUAUGCUGGACCGAGUGUUCAACCCCGAGGGGAAGUCCCUGACACCCAUGCGGGGCUUCAAAUAUUCCAGCUGGUCCCCUCUGGGCUGUGACGCCAACGGGAGGUGCCUGCUGGCAGCCCUGACCAUGGACAACCGCCUGACCAUCCACGCCAACCUCAACCGGCUGCAGUGGGUGCAGCUGGUGGACCUGACCGAGCUGUACGGCGAGCGCCUGUUCGAGGCCAGCUACAGACUGUGUAAGGCUGACGCUCCCUGCGGGGAGCUGGGAGACUUCCCGGAGUUCCAGCGGCGGCACAGCAUGCAGGCCCCGGUGCGCAUGGAGUGGUCGGGCAUCUGCACCACCCAGCAGGUCAAGCACAACAACGAGUGCCGCGACGUGGGCAGCGUGCUCCUGGCCGUGCUCUUCGAGAACGGCAACAUCGCCGUCUGGCAGUUCCAGCUGCCCUUUCUGGGGAAGGAAUCCAUCACUUCCUGCAAUACCAUCGAGUCGGGAAUAAGCUCUCCCAGCGUGUUGUCCUGGUGGGAGUACGAGCACAACAACCGGAAGAUGAGCGGGCUGAUCGUGGGCAGCGCGUACGGCCCGGUGAAGAUCAUCCCUGUCAACCUCAAGGCGGUCAAAGGCUACUUCACGCUGAGACAGCCCGUGGUCUUGUGGCAGGAGAUGGACCAGCUGCCCGUGCACAGCAUCAAAUGCAUCCCUCUCUACCACCCCUACCAGAAAUGCAGCUGCAGCCUGGUGGUGGCUGCAAGAGGUCCUUACGUGUUCUGGUGCCUCCUGCUGAUAUCCAAAGCGGGGCUGAACGUCCACAAUUCCCACGUCACAGGGCUGCACUCCUUGCCCAUUGUCUCCAUGACUGCAGACAAGCAGAACGGCACGGUGUAUACCUGCUCCAGCGAUGGCAAGGUCAGGCAGCUCAUCCCCAUAUUCACAGACGUUGCUUUAAAGUUUGAGCACCAGGUGAUAAAGCUCUCGGAGGUGUUUGGCUGUGUCAGAACUCACGGAAUCGCCGUCAGCCCGUGUGGGGCGUACCUGGCGGUCAUCACCACCGAGGGCAUGGCCAACGGGCUGCACCCGGUCAACAAAAACUACCAAGUUCAGUUUGUCACCCUCAAGACUUUUGAGGAGGCAGCUGCACAGCUCUUGGAAUCUUCUGUUCAGAACCUUUUCCGGCAAGUGGACUUGACCGAUCUCGUACGUUGGAAAAUCUUGAAGGAUAAGCACAUCCCUCAGUUCUUACAGGAAGCACUGGAUAAAAAGAUAGAGAGCUGCGGUUCCACUUACUUCUGGAGGUUUAAGUUGUUUCUCUUGAGGAUUUUGUACCAGGCGAUGCAGAAAGCCCCCUCAGAGGUCACGUGGAGACCUUCACACGAGGAUGCCAAAAUCUUGAUAUCAGAUUCCCCUGGGAUGGGCAGCACUGAAGAUGAUCAAGAGGAAGGAACUUCGAAACAAGCCAGCAAGCAGAGCCUGAGGGACACAGGCAAAGGUGUGGACAUUGAUGACACUGCAGAUGACUCUCUCCAUCAGUCAGGUGACACUGGAGGCCGUGAGCCAAUGGUAGAAAAGCUUCUUGAAAUACAGGCACAGAUUGAGGCCGUAGAAAUGCACUUGACCCGAGAACACAUGAAACGGGUGUUGGGAGAAGUUUACCUGCACACGUGGAUUACAGAGAACACCAGCAUUCCCACCAGAGGAGUCUGUGACUUCUUAAUGUCUGACGAUGGCUACGAUGACAGAACAGCACGAGUGCUGAUUGGGCACAUCCUGAAGAAGAUGAACAAGCAAACCUUCCCCGAGCACUGCAGUUUGUGCAAGGAGAUCCUGCCCUUCACCGACCGCAAGCAGGCAGUCUGCUCCAACGGCCACAUUUGGCUCAGGUGCUUUCUAACCUACCAGUCCUGCCAGAGUUUUGUGUACAGGAGGUGUUUGCUUCACGACAGCAUUGCACGGCACCCGACCCCAGAAGACCCUGAAUGGAUCAAGAGGUUGUUGCAGGGACCUUGCACCUUCUGUGAUUCUCCUGUGUUCUAGAGAAAAGCUGUGUCAAGACUGAAAGUAUUUUCUCUACUGCAUAAGCUCCCUUCAGCCUGGGAGGAUACAGAGACAGGAACACAGACUCUGCUGGAGGGAGAGCACCUUGUCCACAGCCCUGUACAUAGAACAUCACAGGUUCUACCAACUCCUGAAAUGCAGAGCCCAUUCCAUGCUCCAGAAACAGGAAUACACCUGGAAGAGCCAGUUUAAAGCUGUUUGGAAAUGCACCCAAGGAAGCCUCAGCAGCUGGACACUGACAAGGAACUGGAAGGGUUGAGCACAGUGGGAAUUGUCCUUUGUGCCUGACAGCGGUGUCAUCUCCCAAAAGCUGGGAUGGGAACAGCAGAGCUGCCCCUUGAAUGGUCUUGGUGGGUAGAGAAGGCUCCAGCUUGCAGUGCUCUCCUUUGCUUUUUAACCACCCUGGCAUUUGCUGUAGAACAUGGAACUCUCCAAACAAUCCAUGGUUCCAGUGUCUUGCCCAGGGAGGCAGAUGCCAGUUGCAGCCAUAUGAGAGAAAAUGAGAGAAUUUGGCCAUUACAUGAAUUUCACUGAACGUCUAGAAGAGUUACUGCCUCAGAAAUGUAACAGUAUUUCAGCCAGAAGAGGGAUAUUGGCUGCCUGGGAUCAGUAAGGAUAAUUUUAAAAUAUAAUAAUAAUAAUUAUUAAACUAAUAGCAAUUAGCUUAAACACUAAUAUAUAUACAUAUAUAUAAAAUUUCCAAUGCUCUUAAAUCUCUUGACCCACUUCCUUUUUCUGAACUAAGUUCUAACUCCUUCCCAGCUUUUGCCAAUGUGUUUGCUUUUGGUUUCACUUAACCCUCUACCAAGAGGAUUCCUCUUUUCCAGAGAAACUCAAAAAGCAUUACAAAUUAACACUACUGUCAAUUAAAUUGAGAGUCUCCCUCAUACAGCAGUUGAAUUUUCCACAAAUCUCACACACAAAUAAUCACUCCCAGCUAACAGUUUUUCCUUUCAUAAUAGCUCAGUAAAAUACCCCAAACAAACAGAACACCCCAAACCCAACCCCAUAUGGCUGACGUGCUCUGGGUAGGGGCAAGGAGGCUGAUGAGGCUCCCAGAAAGGUUUGGGUUGGAAGGGACCAUAAAGCUCAUCUCAUUCCACCCCUGCCAUGGGCAGGGACACCUUCCACUGUCCCAGGCUGCUCCAAGCCCUGUCCAGCCUGGCCUUGGGCACUUCCAGGGGUCCAGGGACAGCCACAGCUUCUCUGGGACACCUGUGCCCUCACAAGGAAGGAUUUAUUUCUAAUAUCCCAUCCAACCUUUUUGAAGCCAUUCCCUUUGAUCCUGUCACUCCAGGUUCUUGUAGAAAGCCUCUCUCCAUCUCAAGUUGCUGAGUCCAGAAGUUUAUUUUGCCUUCUAAUUGUCCUAUCAGAAAAAACAUCUUUUUUUUUGCCAUCUGUUUUUACAGAGAGCAGAAUCCUUUUCAACCUCCUAUGCAGUGUUAAAGGAAUAAUACCUCCCAAAUGUGUGUGGUUGCUUGGUACAGUUUGUCUUGUUAACUUCAAUCCAUGCUGUCAAAUAAUCCUGAGUUUGUGUAUUUCCAUUCUGCAGAGUACCAAUCGCAGAGGUGUCGCCCUGUCUGUGAUUCCUGACACUUCCACUGUGUGGGAAGUGCUCUACAGCUGUUGAGAAAUCAUGGAAUUGUGCUGACAGUAUCAGUCUCCCACCAGUGCAUGUGUGAUUGGUGCUUGUUUCCUCGAGUCAAUGACUAUGCAUCUUUUGUUAAUGUUCCUUCGCCUUUAAUAGGAGCAAAUUUUUUUUUUCAGCAAACAUUAAAGAAGUCAGCUGUCCUUCUGCUCAGUGUCUCAUGCAUUAAGCAUGAUCAUGCAUUGACUGAGAAGAACAUGACUGUAGUAGCCUAGAAACAGCAGAAGCACAUUCAUCUGUAAAAUAAUUAGCCUUGUUUGUAAAUAUCCUUGGAAGUGAUACCAUAAUUGUAUUAAAGAAGCAUUUAGUUUUUUAUUGCUGUGCAUUGAAAAUUGAAAUUACUUCAGUGUGUCUGCAGAGAAGGGAAAUGUAGCUUGUGUUGGUAACCAGUUAAACAAGGAGUAACCUCGAUACCCAAUGUGUGUGGAGUUUGGGGCCAGCUCUGGUACCUGGGACACAACUUCCCAGUGCUGGUGGGGCUUGGGGGAACAGCACAUCCCUUUUCAUAUCAGCUCAGUAGAGCUUUAUUCGUGGUGGUUGAGAAGGCAUUUUAAAUGGAAGCUGCAAGUCCUUUCACUGUCAGCUGUGACAGCUCAUCAGUAAAUGUUCCAGUUUAGAAAUUCUCCUGCCUGUGGAGAAGGGGAGGGAGCCCUGCAGAACCCUGUCCCAGUGCUUGCAGAAAAAGUCAAAGAACAUUUCUUUGUCCAUGGCUUAGACACCAUAAAAAUAUCCUGAUCUAUUGAAAUGUUUAAGUCUGGCUGACCCAAAGGUUCACAUGAUAACAGAUUAGAUUGGUUCUUGCUGAUUAUUUCUGGCAGUUCUCUUGAAUUUCCCUGGACUGAGUUUUAAUGCUUUGCCAUGGAGAAGCUCUAGCACACCUCACAUUAACAUUGCAGCAUUAAUGUUUCUUUUCCCUGUCUUCCAAGGCACUAGGUAGUCUGCCAUUGAUAGUUUAUUUAACCUGCUUUCAGACUUCGGGGAAAAUGGAUUUUUAAAGCCAACAAUGUUGUCUUUGUCUGCCAGUGGAGAUCCUUUAGCAAAAUCUUUCACUCUUCACCCUGACCUGUUCACAACAGGUACAGAGGAACUGGGAUUUCAUUUUUGUGUAAACCAGCACUUGUCCCUAAAUGCAUUUUUAGCCAGAACAGCAGAGCCCACCUCACACAGUAACAUUUAACCCCUGGUGCUGACCUGAGUGGGUUUGGCUGCCCAGUGCGUGCUGAGGCUGCUCCAGGAAUCCUUUUAUGCCUCAGAUUUGUGAGGGGCAGUUCUGGGCACACAGGGGUUGGUCCUGCUCUUGUCCUUCUCAGACCUUGCUGUCACCUCACAGGCAAGGGGAGCGAGGACUGAGCAUCUGCUGCCAGACCCUUGUGCUAUUUUGCCAUUAUCAGAGUUGCCUCCUCAAAACAACACAUCUGUCAAGGCCCAGUCUGUUUUGAGACACCAACUGAACUGUUCAAAUAACAGAUCCCACAGAAUUGGAGUUUAUCUCCAUAUGUUUUUGACCAAGUUUUGCAGGAUACUCCAAACAAGUGAAUACUUGGAAGAUGUCAUCUGCUUCACUGGUGGUGAGUGCACUGGCUGUUCAAGGAACCUCAUCUCCAUAGGGAGAGCAACACUCCAGCAGAUGCUGAUGCUCUUUUUUUUUUUUUUUUUUUUCCCUUUUAAAGGAUUAUGAUACUUGCAGCUGAGAAUUAACAGGCAGAGAUCCUGUUUGUCCAGAGCUAAGGUGUAAUUUUCCUUGAUGAGGAGCUUCUGACAGCAUUUAAGGUUUGCUGCUCACGCUGGUAUCACACUGGGAAUUAAUCCCUCCUCCAAGUUGGAUGGAUAAGUGGAACAGCUCUGGACUGUACAGUGUCUUAGUUCCUUGGUGCUAGAUGCCAUUCUUGGAACUAAGGAGAAAGUUUGGAGUCAUAAGGACUCAGUCUUGUGUCUCCAAAUUACAGCCCCUGCUCUGGGAUUGGUGGUGAGGGACCUCAUUGCUGCCUUUUUCUCAAUUCACUUACGGCUCUGGGACUUCAUCAUUCAGUCACCCUUUCCUUUGGCGUUUCCUCAUCCUCUUAAUCCUAUUGUGUAUUUCUAGAAAGGAAACACUGUGGUUGUCAGUGCAUACAUAAAGACAGUAAAUAUUCCUCGGGAGAGAAGAGGAGAAUGAGCCAUUCCAGCUCCUCAGAGCCCUCACCACAGGGCAGGAUGGGGUCAGCUCCAUUCCCUGAGCAGCAUCCAAACAUCACAGGGAAAGGUGAGAGCAGGGAAAUCCUUGGAGAGCUACAGGGAGUCCUUGCAGAGGUGCUGCUGGAGGAGGGAUCUCCUGCCUGGGGGUGUUCAAGUGCCUUUCCACCACUGAAGGAUCUGGUUCUGGAGCUGGUGGACACCAAACUUUGUGGAACAGUUGGACAAACCGACCUUGUUGCUAAACUACACAAUUAACAGCAUGACUGAUGGGGUACAGCACAGCUCCAGGCAGCCUCUCCACAAAGUGUCUCUGGGAAGCAGAGUGAUGGAAGAUGUCCAUUCCAGACCUGGGCAAAACUGUACAAUCAGUAACAUCUGAUCCCUGCUGUGUUCCUACCACCUCCUCUUCACCUUGUUUUUCUCAUUGCUCAACAUUUGUUUUGCCAGAAUAAGAUGCUAAUAAAAUCAUGCCUAGUUACCAAA